UUUUAGUCCAGAACUGUGUCUAUUCUCUCAAAUCGAUGUAUUGACGAUAUCACAUACCAUACAAUAUACGAUCAAGCAGACUUCAAGAGUUUGUAGACAGGGCAAGUAAGUACUGUACGUUGAGUGUAGUGACUUGUUGACGUCGGGUAUUGAUGAAGAAGCGGGAAUUCUCAAUGAUUUGGGUCAUUAUCGGUCCAAAUUCGAGUUCGUGGACGGUUGAAUUCCUGCGUAAUGGAUCAUCGUGAGUUUAUUCGUUGGCAUCGAGGGGUGCAUGCGAAUUUUUCUUUUCUGCGAAGAAAUGGCCAAGACCAGUGUUUGCUUGUCGAUUGAGAUAAGGAAUCGUGCUCUGGAGUGGACAUGCAGUCGACCAGGAUAAUUGCUGAUGCUGGCUGAGGGGAUGUCGGAGACAAUAAUUCAGCCUGGUAUAACUUCACUUUAUUUGUCAAGUCAAAAGAUGAUGACGGAGAAGACAAGCUUGUUGCAGGCAUUCUUGGAGCAGGAAUGGCCAGAAUGGAGAGAUGAUGACUUUGCCAGAGCGCGCUUCAAGGCUUUUACAGGACAGAAGCAGGACUGGGAAGAAAGAAUCAAUUUCUGGAGAGACGCGAUUGUGAAAGUUGCUCGGCACUUGGAUCUUCUCAUCAUCGACACAAAGGAGGUGCAGCAAAAGUGGUUCGUACGAGAUGGAGUUGUGCCCAUGGGCCUCAAACUUGUCCUGCUGGAGAUGCAAAAGUCAGGUGAACUGGAAACCGUGGAUCAGAUCCUCGAAAAUCGUCCUUCUACAACACUUGAGAAGCUUUCAUCACUGUUGAGAAGAACUCUAGGAUGGGCUGGCUUCAUUGGUCCAAGUGACGAGUAUAUGGAGACAGAAGCUCAAAUUGAAGAAAGACUCGUUGUCAGGUCUAUUCUCCAGGAAAGAGCUGCCUAUUUAAUCAAGAGUCUAGCAGAGAACAAUUUUUCUUCUGUUUGCAUUGCAACUCUGUCGAAAAUCAAGAAGCUCUGUGGAGGAGCGGAGAAUGCAGAGUUGACUAUUGGUUAUCUCCUCCUUCAUAACAAAGCCAAGUAUUUGGCAGUGAACAGUGACGAUCAUAUAGAGGGCUUCAAGCUCUCGCUGAACGGGAAGGAUGUGUCAGCAGUGUCAGAAAAUGAUCGACAUUUUUUACAACUCCAAUGGACCUUGGAACUACUGCAGAUUCGCUUGAAUACUCUAGAUUUGAAAGUUGAAACGACGAGAACUGAGUUGAUCAAAGUAGCAAAGGCGGGUGCAAGGCAUGAUGCUCUCAGACGUCUACGCAACAUGAAGCUGCUGCAAGUCAGCAGGGACCAGUGUGCAGGGUUUAUGGACAAAAUCGAACAAGUUCUUGGGGUCAUUGCAGAUGCAGAAACUUCAAAGAAGGUUACGGAAGCAAUACAAGUGGGUGCAGCUGCCAUUAAGGAAAACCACGUCAGCUUGGAUGACGUCCAUUCUUGUUUGGAUGAGCUUGAUGAGGCAAUCACGGUUCAGCGUGAAAUUGAAGAUACAAUAGGUGCAACUCAUCUUUCUAAACUUGACGAAGACGAUAGCUUGUUUGAGGAAGAGCUUGCGACGUUGGAAAAGGAGUUACAGGAGCAAGAGAUUACGAGCUUGCCAGAGGCCCCAAAAGCUCAGGAAGGAGUCAAAGUCUCUUCUGUUAAGAAAUCUGACUCGGAAUUUUCAGAAGCUGAUCAAACACUGGAGAAGGAGUUUGCCAAGAUGGCCUUAGAGCUGGCAUGAUCUGAGAGUUGCCACGAGAAGUCAUCUUGGUAGAUCGGAAGAUCUCCUGUACAGCUCUUUGUGCUCAAUGCUCAUAGUAGGAUUUAGUUCUGUUCAUACUUUCCGCCAUGUAGCCGAGGAAUGGAAAGUUUGGAAGCUGAGUAUGAGUGAGCUGAGCUGUGAGCUGGGAAUCGCGAGUAUAGGAAACGUGUGUGAUAAUGUGGAAAUAGACCUGCAAAAGGAACCUGUAAAUAAUUAGUGGGGAUCAUUUGAAGUGAAGUCAUGGCCUUGAAGCUUGAGAGUGAACAUUCACUGGACUACACCGAGCCAGAACUCGACAUAUAGCAAACUGGGUAUGCGACAAACGCGUUGACUCGCCUCUGUAAGUUCUUAGGCCUGUAAGUUAUGUGAGAGGCAGAAACAUUGUAAUACUCACCGUGAUUGUUGAAGUGUUCGGUGGAUAGCAUCUACGAGCCCUAAACUGGAUUUACUUUUCUAAAAGUUUU